AUGGUGCUCCCAAAGAGCAAGAACAGCGUGGGGCUGGGCAACAGCCUCAUGAACGACCGUUUCGGACGAGGCAAAGGAUCAGACCGGAAGAAAGUGUCUCAGCAGGGAGUCGUUCGGACAGAUCACACAACAGGCCAAACCUAUGUAACAAAUGCUGCAAAGGAGGCAUCGUGGGUGAAAAUGCGCAGCGUUACCGAACAAGGUGCCCUCGACGAAUUUCUUUCCACAGCCGAAUUGGCUGGCACAGAUUUCACAGCGGAGAAGAUGAAUAAUGUCAAAAUCAUACACUCGGACCAGAGAAAUCCUUAUUUAUUGAGUGCCGCCGAGGAGAGGGGUGCGAGGAGGAAACACGCGCAAAACAAAGGAAGGUUGACGGUGCCCAGAAGGCCGAAAUGGGACGAGACAACGACGCCCCAGCAGUUGGACGAACAGGAGAAAGCCAGUCUGCUGGAUUGGAGGCGGGGGCUUGCAGAACUUCAAGAGAACGACGACUUGCUUAUGACACCGUUCGAGAGGAAUAUUGAAGUAUGGCGACAACUGUGGCGAGUCAUCGAGCGAUCCGAUCUAGUGGUCCAGAUUGUGGAUGCCCGGAACCCACUCCUGUUCCGAAGUGAAGACCUGGAGAGAUAUGUCAAGGAAGUUGACGCGAAGAAAAGGAACUUGUUGCUGGUCAACAAAGCGGACAUGAUGACCGAAGAGCAGAGAAGAGCGUGGGCAGACUAUUUCCAAAACCAAGGCAUAAACUACAAGUUUUUCUCGGCUCAUCUAGCCAAGGAGAUGAACGAGGGAAGAGAUGCUCUGGAGGAGCUCGACGCACGGCAGAUCCAGCAGCAGAUUGAUCGCAAUCUGCCCGAAAAGACCAUGGUGAAGAAUGUUCAAGAUCUGAACUUGAAAGAGGAAGAGGGAGAAGAAUGGACUGACGAAGAGGAAGAGGAAGAGGAAGAGGAAGAGUAUGAAGAAUCAGAGGAUGAAGAAUCACAACCCGAAGAUGGCGAUGUCGGAUCACAACCGGAAAAUUCAGCCUCCACGCCACCUGACACUCAAAUCCUCACUGUCGACGAGCUCGAAUCCCUCUUCCUCGAAAACAUUCCCAAGGACGCCGCAACAGACAGGAAAACCACAAUCGGGUUAGUUGGUUAUCCAAACGUCGGAAAGUCCUCCACCAUCAACGCUCUUCUGGGCUCGAAAAAAGUGUCCGUCUCUUCCACUCCUGGCAAGACAAAACAUUUCCAAACCAUCCACCUCUCAGACCGCGUUAUCCUCUGCGAUUGUCCCGGGUUAGUUUUUCCAAACUUUGCGACCACAAAAGCCGAGUUGGUCUGCAACGGCGUGUUGCCGAUCGAUCAGUUAAGAGAGUACACGGGCCCGGCCGGCCUGGUCGCGCAACGCAUCCCGCAGUCGUUUCUCGAAAACGUCUACGGGAUGAAAAUUCACACACGACCGGUGGAGGAAGGCGGCACGGGGAUCCCUUCUGCGUCAGAAAUGCUGAGAGCCUACGCUCGCGCAAGGGGGUUCGCCACAACAGGAGCAGGGAGUCAGCCGGACGAGUCACGCGCAGCUCGAUAUAUUCUGAAGGACUACGUGAAUGGGAAGUUGCUGUACUGUCAUCCUCCGCCGACGGGCAACCCGGAGACGGACGUGGAGGCCUACGGGAAAGAGUUCAACGAGAAACUGUACGACUUUGCGCACUUGCCCGCCAAAAGACAGGCCUGGCUGAUCGCGCAUUCUGAGGAGUCCGUUCUCACUGCUGAUGGCGAGACCCCGGAAGCGACAUCAUCAAAUCCGUUGUUGUCGUCCUCGUCGCAGCAGCGUGCACCACCUGCCGCUCCCGUGGAGAAGGGCGCCAGGGCGAGACGACUCGACAAAGGCUUCUUCGGCCCCGGGUCCGGAAACGCAGGUCACCUCACCAUGCCUUUCAACCACCAGUACACGGAACAGGGGAAGCAGCAGCAGCAGCAGAAGCAACUGACGGGCCGGAAGGCCAAGACGAUGGCGGCACUGGAAAAGGACAUUGACCCGGCGGAGUUGAGGUUGACCAGUGGCAGCAGCAAGAAGCAUUUCAAAGGCGCGCGGAGGAAAGCCAGAGCCGUGAGGGUGGGUGACGAAGAUGACUGA